AUGAGCGAGCCAAAAGCAUUUGUUGCAGCGGAAUUACUGGAGAAAUACUUUGGUGCUCCGUACCUCUUUGACCAGACCAACGCCUUCUUCCGCGAGAAGGUGUCGCCGAAGAACCCCGAUGGCCUUGAAGCUCCGCCAACCAUCACGUGCGCCAGCUUUUUGCGUUUUGUGAACUGUGCCGUUGAUGAAAAAACCAUUGACUCCUUGUGUGAGGCGGCGGCGGCAAGCUCAAUUGUAGAAUCUCUGAAGGGAGAAAACGGUGAGAGGUGUCUGCGUCGGCGUAGUUUUCUAGACCCCAACGACGAUCCUGCUCUUCGAAGUAUUGUGGUUUGGCCUCUGCACCGCGCCUCAAAACCGGAGGAGGUGGAAGACUUUUUUCGACCGUAUGGAACCGUUGAGUAUGCUAGGGUCAUGCUGCGGCCCCACGGUGACACACAGCCCCACGCCAGCUUUGUGGUAUGCUUUGCCACCGUGGAUGAGGCUACCGCGUGCGCCGCGGCGAACAUCUCCUUUGGCGAGGCACCCUCAGCGUUAGCGCAACACUUUUUGCCGCCCCGCCUGCAUGUGGCUCUUGUGGAGGACUAUCGCGCCAAAACCGAGGAAAAGGCCCGGCUGCAGGAGGAGAUGCAAUUGAAGAAAAAUGUUGUGAGGGCGCAGAAGGCGUUAGCAGAGCUGAACGAGCAGGGCAUCAGGCGCUUUCUGCGCAGGGGUGUGACGUUGAAGGUGGAGGGCAUAGCGCCUGGAACGCCGUGGCAGACAAUAAAGAUGAAGCUGGGAAAUUUGAGCCUCACAAAUCCUGUGCUGCGGAGGGGCAUUACCCUCUUGAAGGUGGAGGGUCCUGACGAGACCGCGCCGUCGAGGCCGUGGCGAGCCUUUGUUAUCUGUCGUGAUGAGAAGGUUGCAAAGGAGAUGCUAACAAGCUUCAACCUGACAGACGGGGAGUUUGGGAGGCAGCUGCGGGAGGUGUGCCCGGUGCUGUUGCCGCUAACGGAUGCGGAGGAUGAGUACGCGCGACGGAACUUCCCGGAAUGGUGCAGGCCCCGUAUUGAGGCAAAGCGAGCCGAUAACCUGAAGCGUCAGCGCCAGUCAUAG